AUGGAUUCCAAUAUUGAUAUAGAAAUAGCAACUAGUCAAAAGGAUUCGUCUACAGAAAACGAAAAUAAAACUGAAAACACAAAUGAAUCUAUUGAAAAAAUGAACAUUGUUGCAAAUGAAGAACAGGGAUUACUACUGUCAAAAGAAAAUGAAAAAAUUAUUGAUGCAAGUGAAAGUAAUGAAAAAGUAAACACAGACAAUGAAAUAGAAAAAAAAGUAUCUGAUGAAAAUUCAAAAAGUAACGAAGAUUUAUUAAGUGCUACGUCUGAAGAGAAUAUUCCUGAAGAAGAUGACACAAGAAUGAAAGAGUUAUCUUUACAAGAAAAUAAUAUAAAUGUUACACAAUGUAAUGAUAUACAUUCAUUGAAUUUACAUGAAAAUACAGCAAAGAAUGUUUUACAAGAUAAAUGUUCAGUGGAAUUAACGAUAUCCAAUGCUACUGAUAAAAAUGAUAUAGAUAAAUUAUCAGAUAAUAUAGAAUGUACAGAAUCUCAAAAAUGUUUAGAAGAUAUAUCAGAUGAAAUAGAAAAUGUGGAACGUGCCAAUAUCAACAAUUCCUCUGAUUUGACCUUAACAGAAAAGGAAAUUGUUGAAAAUGUCUUAGAAGAUACUCAAAUAAAUAUAUCUUCAGUUAAUGAAAAAAAUGAUUCAGAUAAUAAGACUAAUUCAAAGGAAAUAUCAGAAGAUGGCGAUAAAAAUGUAACAGAGAAAAACAUUGUAGAACCAGAAAAUACUGAAUUUGUACAAUUUUCUCAAGAAAAGCAUGGAGAUAUACAGAUUGAAAAUCAGUCUAUAGAUGCUGAAGAUCCUUUUGGAGGAGAUAGUCUUAUAACAGAAAAUAUUGAACCUAUGGAUACUGAUGAUCUUAAUGAAGCUAAUAUAGGUUUUUCCAAAUUAUGCAAUCAAGCUGAUAAUUUGCCAAGUAGUUUUAAUAUUGAUAAGAAAAAUAACAAUGAAGGAAAUAAAGACAGUUCUAUCGAUAUCCUGCAUUCUCCAAAUGUUAUAUUAGAUUCGCAGGAUACUAAUAAACAGAGUAAUGAAAAUUCAGUUCAACCAAAGCACAAUGAAAAUUUAAAUACAGAAAUUGGAGACUCAACAGAAAAAUCUGAUAAUCAAACAAAGAAAUCUGUCGAUGAGAUAACACCAAUGGACGAACAAUCCAAUGUUUUACCAGGACAAGACGAUGAGUUAUGUAUUAUUCCAGAUAGUAUGAAAGUUAUAAUUCCUGAGCAAACAGAAAAAUCAAACUCUAAUAAUGAAGAAUCAAUGCAUGAAGAUAAUAACGAACAAAAUGAGAUUAAACAAACGUGUGAAAAUAAUGAACCAAAUAAUGAUGGAAACAAGGAUUUGCAUCAAGAUGCAGAGGAAUCAAAUGUUGUAAAUGAAUCUGUUGUAACACAUGCAAAAGGUACCAGGACAGAGACAGAUUCACUUGAUAAAGUUACGGAUAUCACAGCAGAUGUUAUUAAUAUCGACGAAGAAUCAAAAAAUUCUGAAAUUGAAGAAAUCACGGCCAAAGAAAUUUGUAAACAAUGUAACGAAGAAAGAUCAUGUAAAAUUAAAGUAAAAAUUGGGUUUGAUACUUACAAUGUAUGUUCAAAAACCUGUAAAGCAUUAUUCAAAGUUGCUAAUAAUAAAGCAAUGGAUAUACCUAGUGAUGGAGUUAAUUCCAAAAGAGAGAAACGUUGUGCAAACUGUUUGUUAAUUGUUGAACAUAAUGAUGAACGUAAUCUUUCUUGGGAAACAAUGGAAUUCUGUAAUGAAGAAUGUCUAGGUAAAUUCCAAACAAAGUAUGGAAGUUACUGCAGAAAUUGUAAUGGUUCAGUACAGGCAGUAAGUUUAGGAAAAUACUGUGUACGAUUUGGUUAUGAUGUUAGACAAUUCUGUUGUUCCACAUGUUUAGAGGAAUUUAAAAAAGGUCUAAAAGUAUGCAGUUAUUGUCAAAAAGAUAUAAGCUCUAGCACAGACGGUUUUCUUGCGCCAGUUGGCGAAAAAGGGCAAUUUAAGGAUUUUUGUACUCAAGAUUGUAUGGAAAAAUAUUCAAAAAUGAGUUCUGUCGAACCUCCGAAUAUGGAAAAGAAAUGUUGCAGCGUUUGUCAAGAAGAAAAAAUUGUUCAUUGUGAGGUUCAAAUAGAUAGGUCUGAUCCAAUAGCUAUAUGCAGCGAGCCAUGUUUUGCAGCAUUCAAAUUUGUAAAAAAAGUUGAUCCUGAGCAAUGUUCUACUUGCAAAAAAUUUUUUGAAUUACCUAACAAAAAAAGUUCUGUUGUGUUUUAUGAGAAUGAAGCUCAUACGUUUUGUUCUAAAACUUGUUUAAAUAUAUUUAUUAUUACCAAUAGAAAAAUUGUUCCUUGCAAUUGGUGCAAAGUAAAAAAAUAUAAUUUCGACAUGAUCAAAAAGGAACUAAAAACGGGUCAAGUAAUGAUGAUGUGCAGUUUAAAUUGCUUAACGUUGUAUCAGGUUUCCAUCAAUGCAGUUUCAGCAAAACGAAUAAACUGUGACUUCUGUAAAGAAUUUUCUCAAGCACAAUAUCAUUUAACAAUGUCAGAUGCAACGAUACGAAAUUUUUGUUCAUAUCAUUGUGUAAUGAAUUUUCAAGCUCAGUAUACUAAAUCUCCGAUUACGAUACCAACAGGUGAUGACCCCGUACCUACCGGUAUGCCUAAAAGGACAUUACCUCAAAGAAGCAUAAAUUCCAACAAUCAAAAAGCUAAUGAUAUGCAAAAUAAAAAAAAUAUGCCUGUAAUUUCUUCUGUGACAAGUUUAGCCACGAUUGGAAAUGGUCAAUCCAGUCCGACAACUCAACAAAACAAUAAUAUGUUAGUACCUUCAGUUGCUAUUAGCCAAAAUCAAACGCCUCAAGUAAUUUAUAAGCAGCAUAUUAUAACGAGACCACCAAGUCCAGUUCAAAUUCACAAUAAAAUAACUCAAUGUAAACCCGUGAUGCAUACAAAAGGAGUUUCAGUACGUCCACAUCCUUGUACAAAAGCUACACAGACGGAUGGAAUUCAGCAAGCAGUUGUACCGAUUCCUGUUCCAAUUUAUGUUCCAUUUCCAGUACAUAUGUAUACUAUGCCUUUUCCAGUUCCAUUACCUUUUCCAUUGCCAAUUCCUGUUCCUAUUUUUAUACCAACAACAAGAAAUAGUGCUAAGGGAAUAUUUAAAGAAAUCAAAAGAAUACAAGAAAAAAUACCAGCAGAUCCUUUUGAAGCUGAACUUCUUAUGAUGGCAGAAAUGGUUGCAACAGAAAAAAAAACCAACGAGACUGAUUCAGAUUCUACAGAUGAUAGAGACGAAGAUGCUGCUGAUCGUGAUCAUUCGCAUAGUGGAGGUUUCAGUCCAGAAGGUGUCGAUUCUAGUAAUACAUUUGGAGAUGAUAUGUUACAAAUGGCUUUGAAAAUGGCCACUGGAGAAUUAGAUGAACCAGCUGUUGAUUUAGAAGCUGCUUUAACUCCAAAUACUAUUACUGCUACCCAAGCACCAGCACAAUCUGAUACAGCGAUUGAAAACGAUGUUCAAUCGGAACGGCUCAUUGUUCCUUCCCGGGGAAGAAAACGAAUGGUUCCAUAUAAACCACGAUCUACACCAAAUAAACGAGGAAGGCGCGUGUCUGGUGCUAACGACAUGCCUUUGAUGCCACCUCCUGAACCUCAACCUCCGCCUCAACCUAGAAUAAUAGAACCUAUAGAAAAACCAGAUGCCAAUAUGGCACUCAAAUAUACUUUUGGAGUAAAUGCGUGGAGACAAUGGGUAAUUGCAAAAAAUGCUGAAUUAGAAAAACAAAGUACACCUAUGAGAAAAAUGAAAUUAUUUAAGACAGAUCUUUUACAACUCACAGCCGAUGAAUUGAAUUAUUCAUUAUGCCUUUUUGUGAAAGAGGUUCGAAAGCCAAAUGGAACAGAAUAUGCUCCUGACACGAUAUAUUAUCUCUGCUUAGGAAUUCAACAAUAUUUGUUUGAAAAUAACAGAAUAGACAAUAUUUUCACAGACACAUAUUAUGAAAGAUUUACAGAUUGUUUAAAUGAAGUUGCAAAAAAAUUUUCCGUUCUUUAUAAUGAUACACAAUACAUUGUAACGAGGGUUGAAGAAGAACAUUUAUGGGAAUGUAAGCAAUUAGGUGCUCAUUCUCCUCAUGUACUUUUAAGUACUUUAAUGUUCUUUAAUACUAAACAUUUUAAUCUUGUAACAGUAGAAGAGCAUAUGCAAUUAUCAUUUUCACACAUCAUGAAACAUUGGAAACGUAAUCCAGCUACCCAACCUGCUGCAGGAGCAGGAAAAAUUCCAGGUUCUAGGAACGUCCUUCUUCGUUUUUAUCCGCCACAAUCAGCAUUGGUCCAGAGAGCGUUAAAACUCGGAACGAUGUGUUCUAUUUAUUGCCAGAAAGAAGUUGCGUACCGGACAGCCCAGUGUGGUAUUCAACAUCUCCGUUGGCUAAGGAACAUCUCAUAAAAAUGUUAUAUCGCAUUAAAAUGGUUAAAGAAAUUAAUGUGGCAUUAUUAACUAGCUAAUUUCAUAUUUGCAUAUUUAUCUUUUCCCAGUUAAUUCGAAUAUCAUGAUAUGCAAAAAAUAAUUGUUCCCUUACAUACAUCAGAUAAGAAUGUUCAAGAAAUGAUGUGUAAUUUUUAGUGUCAUUGAAAUUUUAUAAUUUCUAUUGUAUAUUUUUCACUUCCAAAUAAAACAAAAUGUAUUAUUAAUGAAAUCUUUUAGAAAUCUCAGCAUAAAACAUAUCCAAACGAAAUUGCUAUUACAACAAAUAUAUAUUUAUAAAUUAUAUAUGUAUAUAUUUUUACAAAUAAUUAGGAAUUAUGUAAGAAAAACAUGUAUAUCACUAUCUCUUUUUAAUAUACAGAUGACACGUAAUUAGGAAACAAAUUUUUAUUAUUAACAUUACAAAGUAUUUAUAAAGUUCUCGUUUUUGAAGAUUUUUGUCUUUGCAACAUAUAUUUGCGUUUUAAUAUAUUCUUCUGUAUUUCCAACUCGUUAAGUUUUAUAUAUACAUCUGAAAAUAUUUCAUUUUGUUCCUCUUCCGGAAUGGUCUCCCUAUAUGUUUUCAUUAGAUCAUAUUUCUCCCAUGAUUUAGCAAAAGCUGCUGCCUUCUUUUGACGUCUUUCAUUAACAACUAUGUCUUUAACUCCUUUUAAAUUAUGACGCUCCCAUUUUUGUGACCAGGGUAAUGGAUUGAGAGGAAUUUUAAUAUCAUUUACUGGAACAGAUUCUGAAAUUUUUGCUUCUAUUUCCAUGUCAAAAGGAAAUGUACUAUAUUCCAAUGGUGCGUCUCUCAGGUAAAGUAAUUCAUCGUCUAAUCUUUUUUCUAAUCUAUAAACAAUCAAUUUUUUGGAUAGCAGGAUCAUAUAAAUCAUAACGUACUUCUACACCUUCCCCAUUGACUACAUUUCUUAAAAGAAAUGAACUUCUUAAUCCAGAGCUUUCUCUUAAGAUACAUAUACCAACAAAUUUAUUUAUUUUUCCAACUGCAUGUGGGUCAGAAUAAGUUACUGCUAAUAUGGAACCCACAUAAAAUUCAGGAAUAGAUAAUAUUGAUCUUCUAUUCAACAUAUCCAUACGUUCUAAUCUUUCUCUUAUGCUAUUACGAUAUAACGGAUUAGGGUCUGGUAGAAAUUCAGGGUAUACAAGUCUGUAAUUUGCUAGUGAUGGAGAUUUGAGUAAUUCAUCAUCAGUUUGUGCUUGAGAAUCAUUAUCGUCUGCUUCAUCUACUUUUGGUUGAACCAAAGUUGAAAAAGUUUUGGGUUCUUUACCUAGAAUACUUUUACAAGAGCUAAAUUUUGCCAUGUUUUUUGACACCAUAAUCUUGAGACCAUCAUAUUUUACUAUUUUAAUUUGUUAGUAUUAUUUAAUUUGUUUAUUAAUUUAAAUUCGUCAAGUUACAAAUUACGUUAGGUUAUUUUAUAGUUACUAUUUUUCCCGGCAGGUAAUACUAUUUUUUCAUAUAAGACCCAAUUUUCAAUAAGCGACAACGCAAUACAAAAACAGCACGAAGUUGUCAAACAACACGUGCUGUACUGUACGAAAAAAAGUUUAUUACAUUAUGAAUUAUAAUUUUACUUAUUUUUUUCGGUUUGACAAAAUAUAUUUGCCUAUAAUAUUGAAAAGAAGUGUAUACAUGAAGUCACAUAUAUACAUACAUUGCAUUAAAUUCGAAGCAAUGUGAAGAAAUUAUUUCUACUUAAUUGAAAAUCUGCAAUUUAAUUUUUCAAGUUAAUAUUUUUUUUCAAUAUGAUAGAAUCCAUGACAUUAGAACUAAGACCUAGGCUUCAAAUAUGCAAUGCUUUCAUUCAUUUAAAGAAAGAAGUAAAUUCAACGGGAGUUAAAGUAAAGGUAUUGAAGGAAAAUAUAGAAAUAAGCAUAGAAAACAAGAUAGUAAUAUUUUUAAUGAAAUUUAUAAAAUUAAUACCAGAUUCAUUAUCAGCAUUAGAUGUUACAAAAAACUGGAUUUGUUUUCGUGCACAAACAAUGUCUGAUCCUCUCCUUGGCUCUUUCAAAACACAAGUAAUUACAAAUUUAACAUUCAAUACUGAUUCAUUAAAAGAUUCCAUUAAAAAUAUUGAAUUAUUUAAUACAGGUAAAUGUCAUAUAAUAUGUACUUUUUGUAAAAAUAUUCUUUCUAAGGACAUGUAUAUUAAAAGGAUUUUACCUGUACCAGAUAUCAAUUAUGAUCCAAGUGAAUGGUUUUGUUGUAAACACAAUCACAGUGAUACUAAUAUGUAUAAUUUAAUUCCAUUAGAAUCUGAUAUUUUUUAUGGGUCAUUUUUCUUUAUCAUUCAUGCAAGUUUAUUUAAUCAUAAUUUAAAAGUAGAUGAAAAUGUCAUAAUUUGUAGUAGGUGUUUACAUUAUUUAGGAAAAAUUCAUACAAAUAAUUCAUUUAAAUUAUGGAGUUGUAGUAUGGACUACAAUUCAUUAAGCAACUCAACAAUAAAAAAUGCAACAGAUCCUUUUAAUGAUUUUUUACUUGCUAUUAAAACUUCAAUGACUGGUAUAUUUGGUGAAGAGAUAAUUUUGCAAUACUUUGUGGGAAAGGAAACUCAUUCUCUCACUAUAAAACCAAUGGAUUGGCAUUUAAAUUUAAUGGUUGAGCCUAAGGAUAUUUUGUGUAAUAAUAUUGUAACUUUACAAAAAGUAUCAGUCGUCAAAGUAUUAUACAAAUAUGAAACAAAUAAAAAUACUCCUGAUUCUGUAAAUAAAACAUAUUGUGAAGUAAGUUUUUUAGUAAUAAAAGCAGGUUUAGAACAUCUAUUAACAUCAACAAAACGAUUUCCACAAGUUUAUAGAACUGCAAUUGAUUAUUAUGUCGGAUAUAUAUGUUUAGACAAUUUUAUAAAUAAUACUUGAUCAUAUUUUUAUAUUUUUAGAAUGUUGAAAAUUGUAAUUUUUACAUAGCCAAUUCUUGUAUAUUUUUAAUUCAUUUUUAAGUGCAAAUUUUAAUUGGAAUUUAUACUGUGUAUUAUUUCGAUAAAUAAAUAAAUGUUCAUUUUAUCAAAAA